GAGAACAAGGGAGAGAGGGAGGGAGAGUCAGGGAGAUAGGGAAGGAGAGGUGAGGUGGAGGGGAAGGGAGAGCAUCCUCCUCAUUCACUCCCUGAUCCUCCCUCAGUCAACACCUGCCUCAGCUACCUUCAGGAUGCGCGCCCUGGCCCCUACUUGCCUCCUGCUGGUCCUACUGUCGUCAGCGGCCCCCUCGCAGGCUGGCAUAGUUGACAAGUUCAGUGACUUCAUCAACCAGGUCUUUGGCAUCUUUCGGCACUACGAGGAGGCGCCCUACACCGUCAUCAACAAGGGGCACGGCUACGAGGAGAGGGAGUAUCCGGCCAGUAAGUGGGUGUGCACGCCGGAGAACACCAAUUCUGACGUGGGGCAGGACCUCGGUCACCUCUUCUGGCCGCUGUUCAACUUCAUCAGCGGAACCAAUGACAGAAAAGAGGAGAUUCCCAUGACCACGCCAGUGACGACGGAGUUCAAGGUGCGCGGCCCUUCCGAUAAGUCCUACGAAAUGUGCUUCUUCCUGGGGGCGGCACACCAGGACAACCCUCCGCGCCCCCAGCCCUCCACGGGGUUGUACAUAAAGGACCGCCCCGAGAUGCGAGUGUUGACCAGGACGGUGGGUGGCUACCUGACCCAUGAGGAGAACUGGGUGGAGGAGGCGGGCAAGCUGGCGGCCAUCCUGCAGGAGAACGGGAAGACGGUCAACCUCUCCCACAUGUACUGGGUCGGUUACGACUCCCCAAUGAAGUUCUGGAACCGACGUAACGAAAUCUGGUUCCUGACCAACUAAACAACAACAACAACAACAACAACAACAACAACAACAACAACAACAACAGCGUCAUCAACCAGAAGAAUAAUGUCAAGAACAGGAACAGUCAAGCAGCGAUAGCACACUCGAGGCGUCAAGGAGUUCAAGGCAGAGGCGCAGGAGGGCGACGCGUCAAGAAUGGUCCACUUCUCACGGAAAACUAUAAAUUAAUUGAUUUAUUGAUUUAUUGAGAUCGUUUAAGUAAAUGAUUGACUGAUCUGUUCAUUCUAAUACAUAAUAGAAAUUGUCUGCAUAAUACACAUGAUACCAUUGUCAAAAAUAGUAUUCACAUAUGCGCUUGAUAAACUAACAAAAAUCCGUUAGUAUAGGAAAAAAAAUAUAACACACGCACACACUAAUCAGUGUUGCCAAAUAUCACGCGACGGUCCGCCAGGUUGGGCAGUCGACAGCCAACCGGCCAAUCAGCUCCCCGCCGCCCGGCCCUCCCAGCCAGGCCACAAGGGCGGGAGAUAACCACUCGCCUACUUCCUUAUCAAUAUACGAUUAGAAGUCUCGAUAA